GUCUGGAGACACGUGGUUCACUCAUGAUGUUCAAGGUUUUAGUCUUGGCGAUGAUGCUCGCAGGAAUUCAAAGCGUGCCUCAAGGACCAGCAUAUCUACCACCAAGCGGUGGUACCGGGUCGCGUCCAACUGGAGGUGGUACAAGUGGUGGAGGUCAUCCAGACGAAUGGGCAGGGGACCCGGCAAAUUACGAGUUCUCUUAUGAGGUCCAAGACUCCGCUGCAGGACUGGACUUUGGACAUCGGGAAAUGCGUAAGGACGACGAGGCCACAGGAAGUUAUCACGUGUUACUGCCAGACGGAAGGACCCAGAUAGUUGAUUAUGUAGCAGACGGAGGUGGAUAUCGCCCUAUGGUACGCUAUGAAGGAACCGCUACGUAUCCAGCACCAGGAACCUCGGGAUUAGGAACAGGAUCAGGACCAGGAUUAGGAUCAGGAUCAGGAUCAGGACCAGGAUCUACCAGUGGCGAGGGUUAUAGAUACUAAAAAAAAAUCGAGUCAGAAACCUAAAUGCGAAUUAAAAAAUUUGUGAAUCUUGACAAAUGUCAAGUCCUUCAGAGAUCAUCGGAAUGACAUAUACAAUAGUGUAACAGAAAAAUAGUCGAGUCGUGGAAAAUUUCAAAGAGAUGCUCAAGCGAUCCUAUAGAGGUUCUUACUGCUUAAUGCAAAAUACUCUUACUAAAAAUACAAAAUGGUCCCUGGGCAGUAAUCCUGGAGGAUCAUACACUUAACUCACUGUAG